CCCCAUAAUUAACUGGCAAUAAACUGGAGGAGUCACCAUUUAAUUCUACAAAAUGAUAUCGAUCAGACAGGUAGGAGCUAAACCAACUUAAAGCCUGUCCAUGAAUACCUGUGUAAUUUUGUAAGGGAUCUAGGACAGGGGUGGCCAACCAGUUAGAGACCAAGAGCCACAUUUUUUACUGUGUUACCGCAAAGCGCCACAUCAUACACAUGGGCACACAUGAUCAUCACCUUUUUUUCCCUGCCAUUUUGAAAGCGAACUUGACACAAAUUGUUUACUCAAAUGAUCUUGCUCCUACUGGGAAACCUUGAGGUAUUUUCAUCCACUCACAUGCGUGUUUGAUGAAAAUACCGUAUUGAACUCAAGCGAAACGAACACGCAUAUUAAAAAGACACAAAUACAAACUUCGGUAUGAACAUAAGAGCCGCAUGAAACCAGGCAAAAGAGCCGCAUGCGGCUCGGGAGCCGCAAGUUGGCCACCCCUGAUCUAGGAGAAUGUUGUGAUCUAUAGUGUCGAAUGCAGCACUAAGGUCAAGUAGAACUAAUAAGGACAUACAGUCUUGGUCCGAAGCUAGGAACAAGUCAUUUGUAACUUUCACAAGUGCAGUUUCUGUGCUAUGAUGAGGCCUGAAACCUGACUGAAACUCUUCAAAGAUAUUGUUCUCCUGUAAGAAGGAGCUCAGUUGAACAGAGCUCCUUUCUAGUAUUUUAGACAUGAACGGCAGAUGUGAUAUACUGUAGGUCUGUAAUUUGAUAGUUCAUUAGGAUCUAAAAUAGGUUUCUUAAUGACGAGCUUAAUAACUGCCAACUUGAAAGAUUUAGGGACAUAACCUAAAGAGAGUGAGGAGUUAAUAAUAUUAAGAAGAGGCUCACCAGCUUUAUGUAACACUUCUUUCAGUAAUUUACACACAGAAAAAUAGGGGUAUCGUUUCUGUACCUAAAGGUACAUUUGCCAUGAAAGUACCCUGUAAGGUACAGGAAAUGGUCCUUAAGGUGACAACUGUGAACCUUUGUUUUAAUUUAAAGGUACAAAAUUAGUUCUGACAGCAAAGGGUACAUAAUUGUACUUUUAACAAGCUUAAGGUACAUUAUGCAGCAAAUCAGAGAUCACAAAAUCAUAAUUUAAAAGCCAUUGGCUCGUCUAUUCAGAAGGCGGGAUAUCUUCUUUGCACGUUGCACAGUGAGUACACAUUCUUUCUCACUUGCGUGCGUGAAAUGAGCGAAAAUGUCGGUUAAUUGUCCAUCCCUGUCGAGUUUUUCCACGGAUGAACUAAUUCUGAAAAUAAUUGAAGCUGGAAUACAGAUUAACGAAGAAGAGGCAAGGAAAUUCAGGGAAAAUGACGUAGAUGGAGAAACAGUGGAUUGUGGACUCACUGAAGCAAUGGUUGGCUAUCUGUUUGAUGGUUCCUUCAAAAAGCAACUAAAAUUUCAACAGUUUGUACGCCAUUACAAGGAGAAUGAGACCAUUGUUGUAUUGGAGCCAGUACCAGUUAAAGUCGCUCAGUCUACGGCAGAUCUCCAGCCUCAUCCUUCCACUGAUCCAAGUGUUGAAGCAGCUCACAGGGGACUACCUAUUGUGACUGUCAUUCCAACCUUUCCCAAAGAUGUCCAGGCGAGACUUGACAUCAAGGAACCGUGUCACACAGUGCCAAAAGUACGCAACAAAAUAAUAAGAACGCUGUAUGAAAUGAUGGCAGAAUACACUUUAUAUCCAACUAAUGCAGAGUAUAUUCAAGUUGCCAAGGCACUGAUAGUGAAAUACCCUUUCCUGAGGGAUAAGGAGGGAAAUGGCUAUCACACCUGGCACAUGUCUUUAAAGCGAAAAUUUAAAGCAGAACGUGCACCACUUGUCAGCGACAGUGAAGUAAGAAAGCUCAAGGAGAAGUUUGGCCAUACAAAGCAGUCCAGAUCCACCAGUGCAUCUGCGAGCUCGUGUCGAAAGCCAGCUAGGGAAACUUGUGUUGGGGAGGAUUCAACGUCUGUUGAGGUCCAUGUGAACGUUCUACAAAGUGAGUAUCAGAAGAAACAUCCAGACAUCUCGACUGUCAAAGACCGCAUGGCACGAACGUUCUCCUGGAGACGUCGAGAAAUCAUGGAAGGAAUGUCUGUGGAGGAUGUAGUCAAAAAGUACCCAUACUUAAGAACGCCUAAUGGAUUUUUUGAUGAGAUUGACCGAAUCCAUCCCUCACCAAGCAGCUUCUGUCAUCGCUUCAGAGAGGGCUUCGCUAGAGUUCUGCCAAAUGUGCUGAAACUUGCCACAGCAAAAUCCCCCCUAGCAAAACAGUACACUGAAACAAGACAGGAUGCCCUGGCUGAAGAUCUACCAGGAAUUGACUUAAGGGCUGGGCUUAUCUUCUUGCCAUUCAUCUUCAGAGAAAAGAUUGAACACUACAUUACUAUGAAAGAGGAGGACCCUGCUACCCCCUUUCCAACCAUUCAACUGAUGGAGAAUGACUGGAAGAUGGCAAUCAUUGGAAGAGGGCACAGCGUGGUGAAGGUGGAUGGCAUGGUUGUGUGCCAGUGCACCAGCCUAGACGAGGCCUUCAUGACUGCCUUCUGUAUGUAUUUUACUUUUAACAUCACAUAUCCACCACACCUGAAGAACACUCUCACUUUUCUUCAGAGGAGCAUUGUCAACAUCGUGGAGGAGGGAGACAAGCCACUGCCAGUCACUUUACUAAGGAUGAUAAACCUUUUAUAUUAA